AAGACUCUUUCUCCUGAGGUGAUCUAUCACUUGUGAGAUGCUCCAUCGUUUACAGGAGACCCUGCUGCUUGUGGGAUGCUCCACUGCUUACAGGAGACUCCAUCGCUCAUGGGAUGCUCCAUCGUUUGAGAGGCACAGAAGACUGUAUCUCGUGAGAUGCUUCAUUGCUUGUGAGAUGCUUCAUUGCUCAUGAGAUGCUCCAUCGUUUACAGGAGACCCCAUCGCUCGUGGGAUGCUUCACAACUUGUGAGACUCUCCACCAUCUGAGAGACAAUGCUCUGCAACUCGUGAGAUGCUCCAUCACUUGUGAAAUGCUCCAUUGUUUACAGGAGACUGCAUCGGUCAUGGGAUGCUGCAGCAGUUGUGAGACACUCACUCGCUCACUCACUCACUUACUCACGAGACUCAAUCUCUUGUGAGAUGCUCCAUCACUUGUCGACAGUACUCCGUCACUCACAAUACUCCCUAUCUAGUGACAUCCUUCGUCACUUGUGAGAUGCUUCAUUAUUUGUAAAUAAUGCUCCAUCACUCGUGAGAUGCUCUAUCAGUUACAAGAGACUCUAUCACUUGUGAGACACUCCACCACUCCUCACAGACAUUCCCACAAUCACUGUUGGGGAGGGACAAGGGGCUUCUGGUACUGGUGCUUGAGGUAGUGGUGUGGGCAGCCUCUUGGGAUGCAGCUUGCAGAGCAGCCAGUAUAGACAGCUGGUCCUUCCUGGCCGCCUGCCACGCUGGGAGAUGGAAGGGCUGGCUCUGGGCACUGAUGUAUGUUUGGGACAAUCUGACCGAUAACCAAGUUUUUCAUCUGUUGCUUGCAGCUGUGGCUGCACCGCCCCUGCAGCUGCAGGGAGGGCCGUGGCCCUUGCGGGUCCCCUGGGUGUCGUGGGAAGCGCUGGCUCCUCGGCUCUGCACAGACGAGUCACAGACGCUGCUGGGACCGCCGAUGAGGCAUGGCCACGCUUGGCAUGGGGCUUCGGCUCCCACUGCGCCGGAGCGCCAGCUUCACCCCUGACCACCCUGCCCUCAUGGAGGUGCCCAGCCCCACCACCCUGAAGAUGGAAGCAAACGUCCUCGUUAUGGGAGCAGACAACGUGGGGAAAUCAGCUCUGACUGUGCGUUUCCUCACCCGACGCUUUAUCGGGGAGUACGGAGAUAUGGAAUUCAUCUACAGCCACAACUUGACCGUGGACGGCCGAGAGAUUCUUUUCCACAUUUGGGAUGUCCCUAAUUCACAGGAACAGGCGGAGGAGGGAUCCUCAGAGGAGAAGCGAAUCCAGUGGGCAGACAGCUUUGUCCUGGUCUACAGUAUCUGUGACCGUGCCAGUUUCAACAUCCUACCCCUCAAAAUCCAGUUCAUCAAAGCGACCAAGGAGGGGCAGAGCCAGGAGAAGGUGCCCAUUGUCAUUGUGGGCAACAAACGUGACCUACACCACCAAAGGGUAGUGUCCAGUGAGGAGGGUCGGCUCUUGGCCCUCUCUUUAGACUGUGGUUUCUAUGAGGUCUCUGCAGCCGAGGCUUAUCAUGGGGCCCUCAUGGUUUUCCAUGGACUGGCUGAGCGCAUCCCUGACACCAAACUGGCACUGAAAAAGGGUACAGGGAUCCGUGGCAUCGUCAAGACCAUGUCGGCUGUGUUUGCCCGUAAGCGAACAGACUCCCUCUGAGAUACAGCCUAGGUGUUGCUUUUCUCGGUGCUGCCCAGCUGGACUGAGCCUCCACUCUGGGUGCCCAUGGAGAUGGUGUGUGCUUCCAUAAGUACGGUAGGUUCCUUGCUGCCCUCCUAACCUCAGAGAUUGGAUCUCCUGCCAUACAUUGCCAGUGCAGCUGAGGAAUAUAGUGCCUUCCUCUGCUCCCACCUGUAGAGCUGUUGUCUCUAUGGUGGGACAGGUUGUGGGGCAAAAUCUCUAUUAUUUGCUGUACCAGAUUUUCAGGUGCCUCCUCCUUUCUCCUUCCAGCCUCUAGUGCUGGAAAACACCAGAUGAUCUUGCUGCACCUCCAGGCAGCAUCAUCCUCAGCUCUUUCAGCAGGAGCUACCUGGGCUGUCAGUGAGCAGAGAGGACACGCUGCUUCUGCAUGGCCACCCAGCUCAAUGUCACGUCUUCCCACCCUGGGAUUUUUAUUCCUAUUUAAUACUCGUCAGAGUCCUCUCUGGUAAUCUUGGAGAACCUACGAGCUGGCAAUGUGGACGUUUCUCCAGCAGGGAGCCCAUGUGCACAUCACCGUGUCUGAGUGUCCCAGAGCCUGUGGCACCAGCUGACCCCUGAGGACCUUAGUGAGGUCCCCAUCCCACCCACCUUGCUUUUGAACCAUUCUGCUCGUGGUCCUCUCUCCCACAGCCUUUCAGUGACCAUAGCAGUUUCCUUUGUGCAAGAAGCACUGUACGGGCUGUGCUUGGGAAAACACAGGCCUGUGGCUUCUUCCCAGGGUGUGGAACCGUACUGUGUGGCUUCCCAAGCUGCUGCUUCUGUAGGGCUGCCUGUCCCUGGGAGGAAAGGGAGAUGGGGAAAGGGGUCGCCAAGCUCAUCGCUGAACUGUUCUGCUGCUGGGAGGUUUUCCCUGCCUCUCCCCAAACCCUUCCUGGUGCGCCUGGGAAAGCACUGUGUUGGAAGAGGGCUUGUGCAUGCGGUAUGGACACUGAUUCCUUUGCUGUGUUCUGGAAACGCAAUAAAUUGUCUUUGGCAGGAAGCCUCUGGCUCCUUGGGGCUGUGAAUUCGUACUGGAGGCAUGGGAAGAGACACGUACUGCAUGUACUGUGCUGGGCAUGAGCACCCCCGGACUCUGUGGUAGCGACUC